AUGGUGCACGACGAUUUACGAGUGGAGUGGAUCCGCCAGCGGGUGUCUGCUGGGUUUAAUUUAAGGAAAUGUCCCGACUGUUUCGAUGAACUGCUCAGUCGGAGAGAUGGAGAAGAAGAAGAGAAAAUUAUCCGUUAUUUGAACUUCGUCUCCGAGGAAGACUCUCCAUCGUGUCUUCUGUUUUUCAAAACUGUUAGAGAGGAAGAACUUGAAGUAGAAGUUCCCGUCGAAAAGAAAACUGGAGAUCCUGACCCAAGUGGGGCAGGGAACACCACCGACUUCAUUACAAAUGAUGAUAGGGACAGUCAUAGGACUGAGAUAAAUCUGGUCUAUCACACUGAGCUUCACGUAGCUGUCAACCAGUACCCACAGAGAUUUUUGAAAUCUUGUGUCUUCUACUUUCUCAGGAACACAAAGGAGACUAUUGUUGACCCACUGGACAUGAAUGAGGCCAAUAUCAUGAUGCCCUCGCUGUUUGACAUUGGCAUGCAUUGUGGAAACCCUCUCCAGGUGCUUCAAAGCAAACUUGCCCAUGUCUAUAUGCCCAUGCUUACUGCCCACCAAAUGGCAGUAGCUGGAGCAGGUGAUCAAAGUGAGGAAGUUUCUCAUCAGGAGAAGAUGAAUGGGAAGAGUGAAGCAAAUGAAACAAAGAGUUUAGUGAAGCCAAGUGGACAAUUUAUUAUUCGUGAUGAGUUGCUCAACAGAACGCAUAAACUUUUGGGACUGCUGAACACGACUCUCCAACACCUUCAGCUUGAAGAUGGGAUUUUACUGCACAUUCCUGAGCUGGAGAUGGAAGACCUGCCUUCGAAUCCAGAGAUGGUAGAAAGCUUGGAGCAGUGCUUGAUGAACUGGCAAACGCAAAUAACCAUUGUUAUUGAGGAGCAGAAAAACAAAAAACCACAGGCGCCUGGUCCUUUGGCUGAGAUAGCACUUUGGCAGGAACGUGCGUCUGUCCUUAAUGCUCUGAGUGAACAGCUUAAUCAUCCUGCAGUAGUGAAGAUCGUGGAGGUGAUGACCAAAGCAGGUGCAGGCAUUGUUCUUACACUGGAGGGAGCGAUUGCUGAACUUACUAAAUACCGUUUGGAGUCAGAUGAUAAUAUACGCUUCCUCAAGACACUAGAAAGGCAUUUCAUGAAUCUGGCUACUGGAGCAAAUUUUGGUGUGAUCUUGGAGACCAUCCCUCCUUUAAUGGAGAGCCUGCAAAUUGUAUGGAUGAUCUCCUACCACUAUAACACGAACGAUCGUAUGGUCCCCUUAAUGGAGCGAAUUGCCUGGCAGCUGUGUGAACGUGUGACUCAAGCCAUAGAUGUCCACACGCUGUUCAAAAACAACAGGGAAGUUGCCAAAUCCAAGGUCUACGAAGCUAAGCAGGUUUUAAGUCAGUGGAAGACAUCCUACUUUGAGAGGCGUGCUGAAAUUGAGGAAUUAAGCAAGGCUUCACGCUGGGAGUUUGACCGUAAGAAACUGUUUGAGAAGACUGAUUACAUGGCUUCUGUCUGCCAGGAUCUAUGCAAUGUUUUGCAGAUUUUGGAGGAGUUUUACAAUAUCUUUGGCCCAGAGCUAUUGAGUGUGACAGGUGACACAAAACACAUUGAUGAAGUGCACCGCACAGUGGAAAAUCUGGUUGUGCCCCUUGAGGAGGCCGUUUUUAAUCCUUUCAACAUCUCUAAAAUGAGCAGCUGGAAAAUGAUCAUGCAAGACUUCAACACGGCGGUUCAGGCUAUUGAGGCAGAAGCGAUGCACUUUAUUGAUGAGUCUUUUAAGACACUGCGCUCUUCAACUGAUGCCUUUGACAUGCUGCAGAAGUUUAAACACAUUCGCACCAGAGAGGUCAUCAGUAACCAUUUGAUGAAAAAGCUUGAUGAUAUCUUGGAGCAGUACUGCAAGGAGGUGGACAGGACACGGGAAAUUUUUGAGACCAUGAAAGACAAACCACCGUUAAAUAAGAAUGAGCCUCCUGUGGCUGGGGCAAUCAGAUGGGCACGAUUUCUAUUCCAUCGCAUCAAAUAUGCCAUCCUCCCCUUCUUGAAAGUGCCGGAGAUGUUGGACUGUGAAAAGAACAAAGUGGCCAAAGAGAAGUAUGUAGAAAUGGCAGAGCAGCUGAAGGACUAUGAGGCAGCAAAAUAUGAAAGCUGGAUGGCGGAGACAGAACAUAAUUUGCCUUUGCUAAUGAAAAACCCCAUUUUGGCCAUGGUUACCAGUAAAAACUCAACUCAAACAGAACUAGGCUUGCGAUACAUUGUGAACUUUGCUCCGGAGAUUAAAGAAAUAAUUUCUGAGGCUUACAGUCUUGAAGCCCUGGGCUACACUGUGCCUGAUCUAGCUCAAAAUGUUGCACUUCAGGAAAACAAAUUCAUCAGGCAUGUCAGUGAUCUGAGCAACCUUAUCAACCGCUAUCACUCUGCAUUGGACAGUUUGAAUGAAGCACAUGUCGUCAUGCUGGCUCCACAUAUAAAAGUAGUCAGAAAAGACAUCAGUUUGGGAUUCAAAAGACUCAACUGGAAUUCCUUGGGCAUCCCGGAUUUCAUCAAACAAAGCCUUCAGACUGUCACUAAGUUUGAGUUUGUCGUCAGUCAGAUUCAUGAACAUGAGAAGGCUAUUGAUUCUAAGUUGCAGUCCAUGAUGAUGGCCAACUUACUGAAAUUUCCAUCACCAGAUGCCUCAAACGACUUACCAGCUAUUAAGGAGUUCUGUGAACACAUUGAGCGAGAGCGAGUCAAAACUGUGACGAUGCUUGCCAAGAAGUAUGCUGACAUUGGAGUCCUUAUAACUAGAAUAGAACAGCUGAGUGUGGAAACCAGCACUGGCAGAGCCAAAUGUAUGGUAGAUUAUUACCAACACUGGGAACACAGAAUACUGGACACUCUUACAAAGAUGGUGCAGAGAAACAUUCAGGCCUUUAAUAUGGCGCUGAUGGGAGAUAAAGCUCUUUUUCAAAUCACUGCCAUCCUGUCUGCACCUAAGAUUGUGUUGCAGCCCCAAAGCAGCGAGAUCUACCGCCUGCUCGUGCAGUGUAUCACAGACUGUGUAGUUAGCACCAAGCAAUUUGUGCGUUGGAUGCAUGGGACCUGCAUUAAGUGCCCUCCACAACAUGUGGGUGCUGAAGAUAAGCUGGUGACAUUUAAUUUCUACAGUGACAUGUCCCAGCUUCCUCAGAUCAAGGAGAGCUGUGUAACUGUAUCUCAGAACAUCCAGCGUCUGCUUUUCUCCAUCGAUCAGUACCUUUACCACUGGAAGCGCUAUCGGGUUCUUUGGGAAAAGAACAGAACCAUCGUCAAUGAAAAGUUUGCUGCAAGGAAGCCGUCCUUUGUCAUGUAUGAUUAUAAGCUGCAGUCCCUUGCUCGUAUCAAGCAGGAAGUGAUGCUCGAUCCUCAGUUUAAGAAUGAGCACAGCGUAUGCCUAAACCUGGAGCUUCUGGCCCACACUGUGAGCGAAAUUGCUGAAGCCUGGAUCAGUUCACUUGGUAGCUUACUCAACAAGCCUGCUAAAGAGGACCUCUUUAACUUGAGAGAUGAAUUCAUGCAACUGUCUAAGAAGCUGAAACAGAGUCCUGACACUUUUGACGACUUGAAGUCUGUCCUUGGCACCAUCUCAGCCAUCAGGAACAUGUCAUUAGAAGUAGAGAUGAGAAUCACAGAUAUCCAGGAACAAUACAGAACACUGGCCAUGUAUAAAGUGGAGGCAGGAGAGGAUGAAUUGGAGCUGGUGGCCUGCAUUGGCCAGAUGUGGAGUGACCUUUUCAUAGAAGCCAGACAAGUAGACCGAAGUCUGAAAGACGUCAAGAAAUCAUUUACUGUGAUCACAAAGGAGAAUAUCGAAGAGUUCAAACAGGAGUUGUCUGUCUUUGCCGAAAGCUUCAACAUGCAUGGUCCUGGAGCUGUGGGAGAUGAUUUGGAGAAAGGACUGGCCAUUAUGGGAAAAUACGAGGCAGAUCUUGCAAAGAUUGUAGCAGGUCAGCAGGAAAUAAGUAAUGCUGAGAAGCUGCUGGACUUGUCAGUCACCACUUUCCCAGAAGUUCUGAGCAUAAAGAAUGACAUGAAUGGCUUGAGACAGAUAUAUGAUAUAUAUAAAGCUCAGCAGGAUGCAAAGACACAGUGGUCUCAGACCUUGUGGAUAGAUUUAGACAUCCAGCUGCUACAACAGGGCAUUGAGGGUUUCAUCAAACGCUUAAGGCAGCUGCCCAAAGAAGUGCGGGCCAUGCCUGUGGCCUUUUUCCUAGACGGACGCAUGAAGGAGUUCAGAGAGUCUCUGCCUCUUUUACUGGACCUGAAGAAUGAGGCCCUCAGAGACAGGCACUGGAAGGAACUGAUGGAAAGGACUGGCACCAGCUUUGAGAUCAACCCUGAAAGCUUCACACUGGAGAACAUGUUUGCUAUGGAGUUGCACAAAUAUGCAGAUGUCAUAGGCGACAUUGUCACCUCGGCUGUAAAAGAGCUUGGUAUUGAGAAGGCAGUAAAAGGAGUGGUAGACACCUGGGAAAACAUGAAGUUCAAUGUUCAGCCCUAUUUCAAAGGCACUCAGGAACGUGGCUCCAUUCUGGGUGCAGUGGAUGAGAUCCUGCUGAAUGUGGACAAUGAUGUCAUGAACUUACAGAGCAUGGCUGGCAGCCGCUUUGUUGGACCCUUCCUUGGUACCAUACAGCAGUGGGAAAAAAAUCUGUCUCUUAUUUCUGAGACUAUUGAGGUCUGGUUGCUCGUGCAGAGAAAAUGGAUGUACUUGGAGAGCAUAUUUAUAGGAGGAGACAUUCGCUUGCAGUUACCUGAGGAAGCAAAGAAAUUUGAUAACAUUGACAAAAGGUUUAAAGACAUAAUGAAUGACACAAUGAAGAAUCCAAACAUUAAGCGCUGUUGCCUGGUUCCCAACCGGCUAACAGACCUGCAGGCCCUGAGUGACGGUUUAGAGAGAUGCCAGAAGAGUCUUAAUGAUUACCUGGACUCAAAGCGACAUGCAUUUCCUCGCUUCUUCUUCAUCUCUGAUGAUGAACUGCUCAGCAUUCUGGGGAGUAGUGACCAUACCUGUGUCCAGGAACAUAUGAUCAAGAUGUAUGACAACAUAGCAUCUCUGAGAUUUGACGUGGAUAGCAAUGGAGAGACAGUAGUUGGAGCCAUGAUGUCUGCUGAGGGUGAGGUGAUGGAACUAAGACAGCCUGUCCCAGUGGAGGGCAGAGUGGAGGAGUGGAUGAUGGGGGUGCUACUGGAGAUGAGGAAGACUAACAGGCUCAUCACAAAGGAAGCGAUCUUCCACUACUGUGAAGACCGAAGUAGGGUGGAUUGGAUGUUGCUGUACCAGGGCAUGGUUGUAUUAGCUGCUAACCAAGUUUGGUGGACCUGGGAGUUAGAGGAUGUCUUUAAAAAUGUGAAGAAAGGACAGAAGCAUGCACUUAAGAACUAUGCUGAGAAAAUGCACAAACAGAUUGAUGAGCUGGUGUCACGCAUUAUUCAGCCUUUGAAGAAAAAUGACAGACGAAAGCUCAACACUGUGCUCAUCAUUGAUGUCCACGCAAGAGACAUAGUGGACAGCUUUGUGCUAAAAAGCAUAAUGGAUGCACAAGAAUUUGAAUGGGAAAGCCAGCUGAGAUUUUACUGGGUCCGGAAAGAUGACAACUUAUUUGUGCGCCAGUGCAGUGCAUCUUUCUCCUAUGGCUACGAAUACAUGGGGUUGAAUGGGCGGUUGGUUAUAACCCCACUGACAGACCGGAUCUACCUCACUCUCACACAGGCACUGUCCAUGUACUUGGGUGGAGCUCCUGCUGGACCUGCUGGUACAGGAAAGACAGAAUCCACCAAGGAUCUGGCUAAGGCUUUGGGCCUGCUCUGUGUUGUUACAAACUGUGGUGAGGGCAUGGACUACUUGGCAGUGGGCAAGAUCUUGUCUGGCCUUGCACAGUGCGGAGCUUGGGGCUGUUUUGAUGAGUUUAAUCGUAUCGAUGCCUCAGUGUUGUCAGUGAUCUCCUCCCAAAUCCAGACUAUCCGCAAUGCUCUCAUUCUACACCUUAACAGGUUUUAUUUUGAAGGGCAAGAGAUCAACUUGGAUGACCGCAUAGGAAUUUUCAUCACUAUGAACCCUGGUUACGCAGGACGUACAGAGCUGCCUGAAUCCGUCAAAGCUCUCUUCAGGCCUGUGGUGGUCAUUGUGCCGGACCUGCAGCAGAUUUGCGAGAUUAUGCUCUUCUCUGAGGGUUUCCUAAUGGCCAAGGUGCUGGCAAAGAAAAUGACCGUACUGUAUAAGCUGGCCCGUGAACAGCUGUCCAAGCAGUCUCAUUAUGACUUCGGCCUGCGCGCUCUCAAGUCUGUCCUAGUGAUGGCAGGAGAGCUGAAGAGAAGCUCACCUGACCUGAGCGAGGAUGUGGUGCUGAUGCGGGCUCUCAGGGACAUGAACCUACCCAAGUUUGUGUUUGAGGAUGUCCCUCUGUUCCUCGGGCUGAUCUCAGACCUGUUCCCUGGGCUUGAUUGCCCCCGUGUUCGCUAUCCCAACUUCAAUGAUGCUGUGGAACAGAUCCUGGAGGACAACAAAUAUGUCAUACUACCCAACCAGGUGGAUAAAGUGGUGCAGAUGUAUGAGACAAUGAUGACACGGCACACUACAAUGAUUGUGGGUCCAACAGGUGGAGGAAAAUCGGUGGUGAUCAACACAUUAUGUCAAGCUCAGACAAAAAUGGGACUGCAAACCAAACUGUAUCCUCUGAACCCUAAAGCCAUGAGCGUGAUUGAACUGUAUGGUAUUCUGGACCCAGACACGCGAGACUGGACUGAUGGGAUUUUAUCCAACAUCUUCCGUGAAAUUAACAAGCCUACUGACAAAAAAGAGAGGAGGUACAUCCUGUUUGAUGGGGAUGUGGAUGCUCUGUGGGUCGAAAAUAUGAACUCAGUGAUGGAUGACAACAAGCUUCUGACUCUAGCCAAUGGAGAAAGGAUCCGUUUACAAAGUCACUGUGCUCUGCUGUUUGAGGUUGGAGAUCUGCAGUAUGCUUCCCCAGCUACUGUUUCCCGCUGUGGAAUGGUAUUUGUUGAUCCUAAAAACCUGCGAUAUACCCCAUUCUGGCAAAGAUGGGUGAACAGCAGACCUGAUAAGGAACAAGAAGUGCUUAAUAGUCUGUUUGAGAAAUAUGUCCACAGCUCUAUUGACAUGAUUGUGGAUGGUGUUGUUGAUGGGAAACAAGGAGAGAAACUUAAGACUGUUGUCCCCCAGACAGAUCUGAAUAUGGUCACUCAGUUGUGCUUAACACUGGAUGCACUUCUUGAGAGUGAAGACAGCACUCCCGAAGUCCUGGAGUGUUACUUUCUGGAAGCUCUGUACUGUUCACUUGGGGCUACACUGCUGGAGAGUGGUAGGAUCCAGUUUGAUGAGUUCAUCAAAAAGCUGUCCUGCAUACCUACAGUUCAUGAUGAGAAAGCCCUGGCUGGGCCUGGCGAGAUCCCAGGAUACCUCCCAACCUUGUAUGAUUUUCACUUUGAUGGAACACAGGGGAAGUGGGUUCCCUGGAAUUCUCUGGUCCCCAAAUACAUCCACAACCCUGAAAUGAAGUUCAUUGAUAUCCUAGUGCCAACUAUUGACACAACAAGAACCAGUUGGAUCCUGGAGCAGAUGGUGAAGAUAAAGAGGCCGCUGCUACUGGUUGGAGAGUCUGGGACUUCCAAGACUGCCACUGUUCAUAACUUUCUGAAGAAUAUUAAUGCAGAAACAAGUAGUACUCUUGUCAUCAACUUCUCCUCUAGAACAACAUCACUGGAUCUGCAGAGAAACCUCGAAGCCAAUGUGGAGAAAAGGACCAAAGAGACCUAUGGACCUCCCAUGGGGAAGAGACUCCUGAUCUUUAUGGAUGACAUGAAUAUGCCAAAGGUGGAUAACUAUGGCACACAGCAGCCUAUUGCGCUUCUAAAGCUGCUUUUGGAUCGAGGAGGCAUAUAUGACAGAGGAAAGGAGCUUAACUUCAAAAUCCUCAAGGAUCUUGGCUUUAUUGCUGCCAUGGGAAUGGCAGGAGGUGGGCGAAACGAGGUGGAUCCUCGCUUCAUCUCACUCUUCAGUGUCUUUAGUGUCCCCUUCCCUACAAUGGAGUCCCUCCACCUUAUCUACGGUUCUAUUUUAAAAGGCCACACCAGACUGUUUGAGGACACCAUACAGAAAGUUUGUGAUCAGGUCACGUCCUGCACACUGGAGCUCUACAACACCAUCAUCAAAGAUAUGCCACCCACUCCCUCCAAAUUCCACUACAUCUUCAACCUGAGAGACCUGUCAAGAGUGUACAAUGGACUCACCCUCACCAAACCGGACAGGUUUUUGACUGUAGCCCAGUUUGUACGUGUGUGGAGAAAUGAGUGCUUGAGAAUCUUCCAUGACAGACUCAUUGAUGAAACUGACAAAGCUUUGGUCCAAAGGCACAUAAAGAACAUGACUGAGGAGCAUUUCAAGUCAGACAUGGAGGCAGUUAUGAGAGACCCAAUUCUUUUUGGAGACUAUAGGACAGCCCUCAGUGAUACUGAACCAAGGGUGUAUGAGGACAUACAAGACUAUGAUGCUUCAAAAGCCCUGUUUCAGGAAAUCUUAGAGGAAUACAAUGAGAGCAAAUCGAGGAUGAACCUAGUGCUCUUUGACGAUGCUCUGGAACAUCUGACCCGGGUUCACCGCAUCAUCCGUAUUGAUCGUGGCCAUGCUCUGCUUGUUGGUGUGGGGGGCUCUGGCAAGCAGUCUCUUACCAAGCUGGCUGCCUUUGCUGCUGGCUGUGAGGUAUUUGAGAUAACGCUGAGCAGAGGAUACAGUGAGUCUAACCUCCGUGAAGACCUAAAAACUCUGUACUUGAAGCUUGGCAUUGAGAAUAAGAAGACCGUGUUUCUUUUUACUGAUGCUCACGUUGCUGAGGAAGGCUUCUUGGAGCUCAUUAACAACAUGCUUACCUCAGGCAUUGUUCCUGCAUUGUUUCCCGAUGAUGAGAAAGAAUCCGUUCUCAACCAGCUUCGAGACGAAGCUCUUACAAUGGGAUCAGAUCCCUCUAAAGAGAGUGUGUGGCAGUACUUUGUCAACAAGAGUGCCAACAAUCUACACAUUGUUUUAGGCAUGUCUCCAGUGGGAGAUACCCUGAGGACACGCUGCAGGAACUUCCCAGGACUGAUGAACAACACUGUAAUAGAUUGGUUCCUUCCAUGGCCUCCGCAGGCAUUACUUGCAGUAGCUCAGUCUUUUCUUGGUGAAAGUCCGAUGAUACCAGAUGCACACUCUGCAGCUGUUAUAGAUCAUGUAUGCAUGGUCCACAGCUCUGUGGAUCACUACAGCAAGCUAUUCCAGCAAAAACUCAGACGCUGCAACCAUGUAACUCCAAAGAACUACUUGGACUUUAUUAACACCUAUUCCAAACUCUUAGAGGAAAAAGACCAAUUUAUUCUUGCUCAGUGCAAGCAUCUGGAGGGAGGUUUGGAUAAACUGAAGGAAGCCAGUGAACAGCUGGCUGAACUGAAUGUCAAGCUGGCAGAUCAGAAAGUUGUCCUGGCUGAAAAGUCCACGGCAUGUGAAGCCCUGCUGGACGAGAUUGCCGCCAACACAACAGUAGCUGAGGAAAAAAAGGUUCUGGCAGAAGACAAAGCUAAAGAGAUUGAGGAGCAAAAUAAAGUCAUAGCUGUUGAGAAGAAAGAAGCUGAGAGUUCCUUGGCUGAAGCUCUGCCAGCAUUAGAGGCCGCACGUAAUGCCCUGCAAGACCUGGAAAAAUCUGAUGUAACAGAGAUCCGAUCAUUUGCCAAGCCACCCAAACAGGUGCAGGUGGUUUGCGAGUGCAUCCUGGUGUUGCGUGGCAACAAAGAAAUCAGUUGGCAGUCAGCAAAAGGGAUGAUGUCAGAAGCGAACUUCCUGCGCUCCCUGAUGGAGAUGGAUUGUGAUGCAAUCACUAACAACCAGGUCAGGACAGUCAAGGGCUAUCUAAAGAACCUCCACACAAGCUUUGAGGAAAUGCAGGCCAUCAGUAAGGCCGGCUCAGGAAUGCUCAAGUUUGUCGAGGCAAUCAUGGGUUACUGUGAUGUUGCCAGGGAGAUAAAACCCAAAAGAGAAAAGGUGGCUCGCCUAGAGAGGAACUUCUUUCAGAGUAAGCGGGAGCUGGAGUGCAUUCAGAACGAGCUCAGCAACAUCCAGAAAGAAUUGCAGUCUCUUAGUGAGAAAUACCAAGCUGCUAUUUGCGAGAAGCAGCAGUUGCAGGAGGAGGCUGAGGUGAUGGAGAGGAGACUGAUAGCUGCUGACAAACUCAUCUCUGGGCUGAGCUCUGAGAAUGAACGGUGGACAAAUGAUUUGGAGGGAUUGAAGCAGCGGCGUGUGCGUCUCCUGGGUGACUGUUUGCUUGCUGCUGCAUUUCUGAGCUAUGAAGGGGCUUUCAGCUGGGACUUCAGGAAUGAGAUGGUAUACCAAAAGUGGGUUAAAGAUGUGCAGGAGAGAGGCAUCCCCUUGAGCCAGCCUUUCAAAGUAGAAAACCUUCUUACUGAUGAGGUCGAAAUCAGCAGAUGGGGCUCAGAGGGUUUGCCUCCAGAUGAAUUGUCCGUGCAGAACGGGAUUCUCACAACCAGAGGGAGUCGAUUUCCCAUGUGUAUUGACCCCCAGCAACAAGCCCUCAACUGGAUUAAGAAGAAGGAAGAAAACAAUAACCUCAAGGUCUCAUCUUUCAAUGAUCCUGACUUCCUGAAACAACUAGAGAUGGCCAUCAAGUACGGGUUCCCAUUCCUUUUCCAAGAUGUGGAUGAAUACAUCGACCCAGUGAUUGACAAUGUCCUGGAGAAGAAUGUGAAAGGAGCAGAGGGAAGACAGGUCAUCAUGUUGGGUGACAAAGAGGUCGACUACGAUCCCAAUUUUAAACUCUACCUCAACACUAAUUUAGCUAACCCCAAAUACUCUCCGUCUGUGUUUGGAAAAGCCAUGGUCAUUAACUAUACUGUGACCCUUAAGGGUCUGGAAGACCAGCUGUUGAGUGUUAUCAUGGGGUUUGAGAAGAAGGAGCUAGAGGAGCAGCGAGAGUGUUUAAUCCAAGAGACAAGUAACAACAAGAAGCUGCUUAAAAACCUCGGAGACACCUUGCUCAGAGAGCUGGCCACAUCUACAGGCAACAUGUUGGACAACACAGAGCUCAUCGAAACACUGGAGAAGACGAAGCUGAAAGCCAGUGAGGUAUUUGAGAAACUAAAGUUGGCUGAGAAGACGUCUACAGACAUUGAUAAACUUAGAGAUGGCUACCGUCCUGCAGCCAAGCGUGGCGCUAUCCUGUUCUUCGUGCUGACAGAAAUGGCUGUGGUGAACAGCAUGUACCAGUACUCACUUGCCUCCUACCUAGAAGUGUUUGACUUUUCACUGCGGAAAUCAGUGCCAGACCCCUCCCUUCCCAACAGACUAAAGAACAUCAUGAACACUUUGACAUACAGCGUUUAUAACUAUGGCUGCACAGGAUUGUUUGAGAGCCACAAGUUGCUCUUUUCCUUUAACAUGACCAUCAAAAUCGAGCAGGCAGAAGGGAGGGUACCUCAGGAGGAGUUGGAGUUUUUUAUAAAAGGUAAUCUAUCCCUGGAAAAAAGCCAGCGCAAAAAGCCGUGUGAUUGGCUUGCCGAUCAGGGCUGGGAAGACAUUGUGAAACUUGCAGAGCUCUUUCCUGAACAGUUCAGCUCUCUGCCUGAUGACAUCGAGAAACAUCCCACUGAAUGGCAAUCUUGGUACGACUUGGAUGGACCAGAACAGGCUCCGUUUCCCAUGAAAUACAAGGGGAACCUGUCAGCCUUUCAGAAGCUGCUGUUGCUGCGCUGCUUCCGGGUUGAUAGAGUCUAUAGAGCUGUCACUGACUAUAUCACUGUUAUCAUGGGAGAGAGAUAUGUUCAACCUCCUGUGAUCAGCUUUGAUGCAAUUUAUGAUCAGAGCACACCUUUCUCCCCCAUUGUCUUCAUCUUGAGCCCUGGCUCUGACCCAGCUGGUGACCUCAUGAAACUAGCAGCCAGAUCAGGCUUUGGAGGCAAGUUCAAGUUCCUUGCAAUGGGCCAAGGCCAAGAGAAGGUGGCACUAGAUUUAUUGGAGAAGGCAGCGUCUCGAGGUCAGUGGCUGAUGCUACAGAACUGCCAUCUGCUGGUAAAGUGGCUGAAGGAACUGGAAAAGGCCUUAGAGAGAAUCACCAAGCCCAACCCUAACUUCCGCUUAUGGAUCACCACCAACCCCAUUAAAGAUUUUCCCAUUGGCAUACUUCAGAAAUCUCUAAAGGUAGUGACAGAGCCCCCCAAUGGCCUCAAGCUUAACAUGAGAGCCACAUACUCUAAAAUCUCCCAUGAGGCCUUGACCACAUGCCCGCAUCCUGCCUUCUCCAGCCUGGUGUUUGUUCUUGCCUUCUUCCAUGCUGUGGUGCAAGAGAGACGGAAAUAUGGAAAAAUUGGCUGGAAUGUCCCAUACGACUUCAGCGAGUCUGACUUUUCUGUGUGUAUGGAGAUCCUGAACACCUAUCUGACAAAAGCUCAUGACCAAGGAGACAUCAAUAUACCCUGGGGAAGUCUUAAAUAUCUUGUUGGGGAGGUAAUGUAUGGCGGCCGAGCAAUAGAUAGCUUUGACCGCAGGAUCUUGACUGUCUACAUGGAUGAGUACUUUGGAGACUUCCUCUUCUACACUUUCCGGCAGUUCCACUUCUUCAAAAACAAAGAUGUAGAUUACAAAAUCCCUCCAACUGGACCAAAAAAUGUCUAUGUUGAUGAGAUUGAAGCCAUGCCACUGGCAAACACACCAGAGGUUAUGGGUCUCCAUUCCAACGCAGAGAUAGGAUACUACACAAAUGCAGUUAAGGAGAUGUGGACUCACCUGAUAGACCUUCAACCUCAGACAGGUGAAUCUGGUGGACACAUCAGCAGGGAUGAGUACAUCAGCCAGGUGGCCCAGGACAUUCAGAACAAGCUCCCGCAGUUAUUCGACAUGGAUGUGAUCCGGAAAAAGUUUGGCAUGGGCAUUUCUCCGACCUCGGUGGUUCUCCUUCAGGAACUAGAGCGCUUCAACAAACUGGUGGUCCGCAUGCAGCUCUCUCUGGCUGAGCUGCAGAGGGCCUUGGCUGGUGAGGUGGGGAUGAGCAGUGAGUUGGAUGAGGUCGCUCGGUCCCUUUUUAAUGGUCACAUUCCGGUCAUUUGGAAGAAGCUGGCACCUGACACUCUUAAGUCUCUUGGUAACUGGAUGUCCCAUUUCAAGAGGCGAUAUGAGCAGUAUAACUGUUGGGUAAAUGAGGGUGAGCCAAGAGUUAUGUGGCUAUCAGGAUUACAUAUCCCUGAAUCUUACCUCACUGCUCUGGUCCAAGCUGCGUGCAGGAAAAAUGGGUGGCCUCUGGAUCUCUCAACACUGUACUCAGAAGUUACCCAUCAUCAGAGUGAGGAUGAAGUUGCCGAAAGACCCAGACAGGGUUGCUUUCUGUCCGGCCUGUAUCUGGAAGGAGCCGACUGGGACAAACAGAAGUGCUGCUUAGUGAAGAGUAAACCAAAAGUUUUGAUCGCUGAACUGCCCAUCCUCAGAGUCAUCCCCAUAGAGACGCGCCGCCUCAGGCUACAGAAUACGCUGCGGACACCUGUCUACACCACUUCGUUGCGGAGGAAUGCAAUGGGUGUGGGCUUGGUGUUUGAGGCAGACCUGUUCACCACCAUGCACCUUUCUCAUUGGGUACUCCAGGGAGUCUGCUUGUGCCUCAACACUGACUAAAGACAACUGUCAACGCCACUGAGCUGAUUACCUGUAGCAUAGUCAGCUGAAAAAUGUUAGUUAACUAUAGCAAUGUCUGCUUCCUGCUUCAUGUGGAAAAAUACUUAAACAUAG